AUGGCACCAUUCGAAGCUUUGUAUGGGCGCAAGUGUAGAACUCCUUUGUGUUGGGAAUACUUAGACACCAAUAUUCCUACAGGACCAAGUUUGAUUCAAGAAUCAGUGGAUCUGGGAGAUUGUAACGAUUGGGAUAUGAAUGUUGUCAUUGAUAGAAUAUGGAUGAUGUGGAAUCCUCGUAAUUAUGGAGAAGAGAGACGAUAUCAUCGAAGAACCCUUCUAGUUAGCUGGAUUUGUUACCUUGAAGCGACAUUAUCGUGUGAUUUAAGUUUCUUGAGAAAUAAAUUCCGUGAUGACCCUGUUUACUCAGUCAACGGUAAGUCGGAGUUGUUACAAUUGCCGCCAGAGUUGGAUGGGGUACAUAAUGUCUUUCAUAUGUCUCAACUGCGUAAGUAUAUGUAUGAUCCUUCGCACAUCCUAAGCUACGAACCACUGCAAGUUGAUGAAACUCUGAGUUAUGAGGAAAAACCGUUAAAGAUUAUUGAUCAGCAGGUUAAAGAGUUGAGGAAUAAGUCAAUUCCCUUAGUGAAAGUACUGUGGACUCACCACGGGGAAGAGGAAGCGACUUGGGAAAAAGAAUCUGACAUGAGAAGUCGAUAUCCGCAUUUGUUUUAA